GCUGCGGCGGAGCGACACGGCCGGAGCUGUCAGUCAUUCAUGCGGAUUCACCGUCAGUGAACAGACCUGCCGCUGCUGCUGCUGCUCUGAAACCCACAAUACACGCUUUACUUUCGGCCAUUUCCAGCUGAAUAAUGCUGCAGUGAGCGGCCGGAGCAGGGAGCGACUGCCGGCUUUCACCGCCUCGCUUUAUUCAUAUGUAACAGCUGAGAGUCUCGGCUGCUCAAAGGGUGUUUCGCGCAUUUCGGGAAAGGAUACGAGAAGAGUUUGCACCUGGAUUACUUCUUAUUGAGGACAACAUGCCUCAGACACCGCCGUUCACGGGGCAGCUGAACACCGGCAGCUACAACAAGAACCUGUACCAGACCAAGGAGGAGGGCUACCCCGGCCUCUUUUAUCAUGACAACAACCUGGUGUCCGGGUCCCUGGAGGCCCUCAUUCACCACUUGGUCCCAACUGUAGACUAUUACCCAGACAGGACGUACAUCUUCACCUUCCUCCUCAGCUCCCGCCUCUUCAUCCACCCCUACGAACUCAUGUCGAAGGUGUGUCACCUGUGUAUGGAGCAACAGCGACUCGGCGAUCCCCAAGCUGACAAAAUGAGAGUCAGGAAGAUUGCUCCCAAGAUCCUCCAGCUGCUCACAGAGUGGACGGAGACCUUCCCGUACGACUUCAGGGAUGAGAGGAUGAUGCGGAGCCUGAAGGAGCUGACCCACCGGCUGGCCAGUGGAGACGAGGUUUACAGGAAGGCGGUCGGCCAGAUGAGCCAGGGCCUGAUCAGGAGGUUGACGGUGCUCAGCCAGUACGAGGAGGCGCUGGUUAAGAUCAACUCCACGGCGGCCGAGCGCCUGACGGCUCUUAAGGCGAAGCCCCAAGCAGCCAUCCAGAGAGACAUGCUGUCAAUCUGCAACGACCCGUUUACUGUCGCCCAACAGCUCACACACAUAGAGCUGGAGAGACUGAGUUACAUCGGACCUGAAGAAUUCGUCCAGGCCUUCGUCCAGAAAGACCCUCUGGACAACGAUAAGAGUUGCUUCAGUGAUCACAAGAAGGCCAGCAACCUGGAAGCUUACGUUGAAUGGUUCAACAGACUCAGUUAUCUGGUGGCUACAGAAAUCUGCAUGCCCGUGAAGAAGAAGCACAGAGCUCGAGUCAUCGAGUUCUUCAUCGACGUGGCGCGCGAGUGCUUCAACAUCGGCAACUUCAACUCCCUCAUGGCCAUCAUAUCUGGGAUGAACAUGAGUCCCGUGUCUCGGCUCAAGAAGACCUGGAGUAAAGUCAAAACGGCCAAGUUCGACAUCUUAGAACACCAGAUGGAUCCUUCCAGCAAUUUCUACAACUACAGAACAGCGCUGAGAGGAGCCACACAGAGAUCGAUCACGGCCAACAGCAGCAGAGAGAAGAUUGUCAUCCCUUUCUUCAGCCUGCUCAUAAAAGACAUCUACUUCCUCAACGAAGGAUGCGCCAACAGGCUGCAGAACGGGCACAUCAACUUUGAGAAAUUCUGGGAGCUCGCCAAACAAGUGAGCGAGUUCAUGACCUGGAAGAAAGUGGAGUGCCCAUUUGAGAAGGAUCGCAAGAUCCUGCAGUACCUGCUGACCGCUCCAGCCUUCACUGAGGAUGCGUUGUAUCUGGCAUCAUACGAGAGUGAAGGUCCUGAGAACAACAUGGAGAAGGACAGAUGGAAGUCUCUGAGAUCCACUCUGCUGAGCAGGGUCUAAACUUCAAAACUGAAGGAACCAGAAUGAUGACAAACCCGACCAGCGAGCCGCGCCCCGCCGCGCUGCUGUCCGAACAAAGUAUCCCCGUGUUCAGAAGGGAAGCGACAAUCUCUACUCUGGCUGGCGAGGAUCUUUUGUGUUCCCCGCAGCUUCAGAUUUCUAUUAAGCUCUGCUUUUCCUUACCCUCUGGCUCUUUGUGCUGUAUAUUUCAGAACAGCUGUUUUUUUUCUCUUUGUAUGACUUUGUAGUCUUUUAAAAUAGAAAAAAGAGAAAUGCUACAAACCCUCAAAGUAAAAGCCAAGUCGCUUUUUCUUGUCCGAAGCGUUUCGGCUUAUAAACCCUCUGUGAGCGCUGAUGGGGUCGUUGGGGUUGUUUGUGCCCCCCCCCCCCCCCCCCCGACAACUUAUUUUCCACUGAAGCUGCAAAGUUAGCUGCUGGUUGGCUAACGCAACAGAAACUACUCUCGCUGGUUCCAUAAGCCAGCGUCGUUUGUACGGAGAACUCAAACCUUUCCCGCAACGCUGUCGUUAAGCUAGCCAUCACUUGUAGUUUUGUUUCGUCUCCCUCCUUUUGUACGAUACCAGAGUGUCUCUCACUUCAUGUUUCUGGAGGUUUUGUUCAUUGUGCCGUGUAAGGAAAAAAACGCGCUGGCUGCAGUUUAAAGACGAUGUAACAUGAUGUAGUUCUUUUGUUUGUGUUGUAUAGACUUUUGUGAUUUUCUUCAGCAGGAAGCAACACUUCCUGAUCAUUUAUCUUUGACACACUUAAAGCCUCAGUACGCUUCAAACGAACUAAGGCGUCGGUAAGCAUCAACCAAAAUGUUUCUCGCAUGGUUGACCAGCAUCCGAGCCCCCCUCCGCCCACACCUCUGUGACGUAGGAACUGUGGUUGAAGAUGCGUUUGGAUGCGCUGAUGAGUGCUUCAUCUGAAGCAUACUGAGGCCUUUAGCGGUGACCUUAAAUGGAAGAUGUGAUGAUAGUGUGUUUCCUGUUGUUCCUGAUAAUCAGUGUUAAAAUAGCCCUGUACUGCUCAGAUAAGCCAGGCUGUGGGCUGACUCUUCAUGCUUUCCCCUUUUGUUCCUGCUCUCAUAGAAGAUGAGUGUGGUUGUGCUGCCCCCUGGUGGUUCAGUUAGAACAGUGAAUGGAUUUUGUGUGGUUGAAUAAUGUGAACUGAGGAUUUCUGUUUAAACCCUACACAUGCUGAAUAAUAUCCUUUAUAUGUUUUUAUUUUUCAUAUUAUUGAAAAGUACUGUUUCCUCCAUAUUUGUUUCUAUUUAUAAAUCUAUUUGUGUAGUCACAUUAUGUCCUCAUGCCAAUAUUUACUAUUAUUUUAUUGUUAUUUAAUUUUGUACUAGGUACAUAUGAUACUUAAGUAGUACUCAGAUAUUGGUUUAACUGUUAUUUUUUUAAUACAAGUUUGUAUGAGACACUUAUUUUUCAAGGCACGAGCUCAGAGUAUGACGUUAAAUAUUUUUGACUGAUGUGUGCUUUGCCUUGACUGCUCCUCCCUCAACACUGAGUGCUGUUGUGGUUUAUUGUGUACAUACUGUGUUUCUUUUUUCCCUCCCUGUGUUCAUCCAUUUGUAUUUGGACUGUUAAAAUGGAAUAGAGGAACAGUUUAUAAAUGAAUUAUUAGUGUUUAAAAGAGAGUUAAUAAAAUAAUGUUGAAAAAUCCUGA